AUGGGUGAUAAAGACAAAUUAAAAGAGCAAUUGUCAGAAAUAUUAACGGAGGUGGCCAAAGUGAAGAAAAUCAAAGAUUUCGAGUUGAUUCCUGAUGUCGAUAGAAGUUACGGAGAUGGAUUUAUGUCGCAAUUUUACACCGGACAAGUAAAAAAUAGAGAAACCGGUGAAAAUUUUCAUAUAGCUAUCAAAAAAUGCCCAGAAAAUCAACAGACCGUAACAUCUUUGUUUAAUAACGAAAAACUUUUUUACGAAUCGAUAUUUCCGAUGAUGAGAGACUUUCAGCUAAAACGAAACGUCGUUAAAGUUCUUGAUAACGUUCCUGGAUAUAUUUGUGGCAGUAUGGAACCGAAAAAAGAAUAUAUAGCUAUGGAUCAUGUAAAAAAUCUCGGUUAUGAGCUGUAUGACAAAACGAAAUGUUUCAACGCGGAACAUUUAAGGUCAAUUUUUAAACUAUACGGUAAAUUUCAUGCUGUUUCUUUUUCUAUAGAGAAAAGUUUACCGGAGGCCUUCAAAAGCGGUACAAAAGGUACAAGAGAACAUUUUUGUUACAUUCACCAACAUACCUGA